CCAGCGCGCUGGACGUACGCUGCUCGCGCGCUCCAGCCGGACUUUUACAUAUCUAUAGGCUGGCCUCUCUCCGUCUCACUUGGACGCUUAUCACUUUAAGUUUUUAAAUACUGGAACUCCUGUAAGAGUGACGGCGGAAAACUUCGUGGUCAGACUACAGGAAAACUUGGCGGGAGUUUCUGAACUUUGUUUAUUAGAUUGUUUUAAAAUUAAAACUUUGAAUUUCAAAUCCGUGUCGUGUGUUUGUGUGUGUUUGACAAUCAUCUGCUCUUCAGACCCGACUUCCAUUCUGCCCAGCUGAUCGAGUUAUAAGAACCUGGGACUUGGUUUUGUUGAAAUGAACGACGCAGGAGUUUGAAUUGAACGGAUGAAGUGAAGGGUUCCCCUCAAGACAAAUGUCUCACAAUGCCAACUCGGGUCACGACCCCUACUGCACCUUAGCACCCUACCCCCCUCUCAGAUUGAAUUAGUUGCCCUUCUGACAUACCCCAACAGAUAAAGAAGACAUUUACAAAGAAUUCAAAACGACGCACUUUGCUUCAAAUUCACUGAACUCACCGUCCUCGUCCUUUCCUUUGGGAUACGCUGCAUUUCUGCCUAAGCAAUGUAUAAAAUCCCGCAACACUGUGGACUGUAUUGUCAUGUGUUAACCCCAACUAUUAGCUUUUCGAUGUAAAGUUGAACGCUGUCGUUAAUAACUUUUACAUAUCCGACUCCAAGACCUUCGAUGUUAAAUGCCAUUUCCAUGACCGUAUCGCUUCUAUACAAUCUGCUUUGUUUAAAGAAAGUUUAUUCCUUAUAUUGUGUUGAAUAAGCAGAAAUUCCUUACUCAAGGUGACCAUAGUAGUGUAAAGAUAACAUUACAUAACUUGUAAUGACACAGCAUACGUAAUACGAGUAAGUGCAACACCUCCGGUCUCCGCUAGGUUUUAAAACGCAUAACAUAUAAUCAAAAUGUUUCUCGUUAUAUACAAAUCUUCUUAAGGAAUUAAAUAUUUUCUUCUAUCUUUUCUCCGCCGUAAAAAUAACAACUUGAAAAAAACACCCGUUUUUUUACCAGAAUUCAACAGAAAUUAUCUUUCAAGAAAACUCGCUUGUAAAAAAUCUAAUGAAAAAAUUUUCAACGAUUCUUGGGUUAAUCAUUCUUCCGUCAAGAGAGCAUAAUAUUCUAAAUCAGAUAAAUUAUGAUUUACUUUAUUUCUACAAAGCAUAAUAUGUUACGCUUCUAGAUCUCUCAGUUUGGCGCGUAAAUAUACUAAUAAUCACUCGUCACAGUAUCAGGUUUGAAAAAGAAAGGUUGUUGGAAUUUUACCCCUACCAGCUGUUCUAAAGAAAGAAAAGAUCAUGUCGGUCUCGUAAAAAUAGAUGACCUAUGAUAGUAGUAAAGCUAAAAGCGUGAAUAUGUAUCUCUUCACAAAAGGGACGUUCCUGAUGUAAUAUAUAAGGUAAAAACAUAUGAGCAUCAACAUCUUCAAAGAAUUCGUGGGCUUGUUUACAUCGCGUCGAAGGAUUAGUAGUAGUAGUUGGGACUGAACUUUGAAACGACUCCCUUGCUUUGUUCUAUUUCUCCUUUGCUUGUGCUUGUUUCACGAGUCCAAUUGAUAACCAUCAUCUUCGUAGCGGAAAAGGAGAAGACGAAGAGGAAAACUCUUCAUCCGCUGACCUGUAGACCUGUAUGUAUACUAGCCCUAAGGAGGGCGGUUCUCCCCACCAACUGACUUCAAGAACAGUCUAGGCGUCACCGCGCCUACUCAACCACCACCACGACGGACAUCAUAGACAUCCCCGUUACCCUCAAACACCCGAAACAUCCUCCCCCUUCCCCCCUCUCCCAGCAUCCCCCCAAUUCUCCGCUCCCACAAUCCCCAAGGAGCCCAACAGCCAGGAAACCCUCCAUCACUAUGUCGCGCCUGGCCAGCAUUAGACUCACUUCGACGGACAGCGAGUCGACCUCGCUCAGCGGCUACCAAAACUCCGGCACGUCUCAGGAUUACAUCGACUCGGACGUCAUUAUGUCGCCUCUAAGUCCCAAAAGUCCGAAAAGUCCCAAGAGUCCUGUCAGCCCGAUGAGUCCCAGGUCACCGAGAGGUUCCUCGAGGCCCUGUUCGACUUCGCCUCUUGCGAGCCCUGUGAGAGGGGGUAACCUUGCCUACCUGGCCUCCAGGCGUUCCUCGAGAGACAGCGAGGCGGGGGACGUCGCCCCCCUCAACUACGCUCGCUACAAGCAGCGCCGAAGAUCGAACUUCUUGGAGUUGCCCACGCCCGACCACUUCCGUCCUCGAGUGUGCUCCCUGCCGGAGAAGCCCUACAACCCGAGGGACGCGGAGGAACUCUAUCGCCUGAGGUCCUUCUCGAUCACUUCCAAGGGCGUCAUCAACCGGGGGGAUUCUCUUAUCUCCAAGACGUCGAGAUCAAACACGUCCGUCUGUUCCACUGCAUCCAGGCACUCCAUUCCCACUGUCUCUGAAUUCUCCUCACUUCAGUCUUCCUCAGAAGAUAGCUACGUAACUCCGAACAACAGCCGACGAUCGAGUUAUGUCUCUACAGCCAUGACAGUGGACACCCUGCAAACUCGGUUAUCCCCGACCAUAGAGGGGGCCGUGUCCCCUGCGAGGUCCCCAUCGCCACGGAUCCCCUCCCCGCGGCACACCUUGCCCAAAUCGGGCUUUACCAGAUCCGUGUCUCUCCGCCCUCUCUCCUCUUCCUCCUCCCUCUGUAGAGGCAACAGCAACGUCUCAUCCAUCAGUCCCCAAGGGCAUAGUGGCACCAACAGAAGGCAGCACUCCCUAGGGUGUGAACCCGUGUCAUGUCAGCAGCGGUUAUCUCCAAGAAGGCAACUCUCGGCCCCGCCUAUAACAGACGGAGGCCAUUCGCCAACCAGCAGGCGCCGCUCGUCAGCGAGUACUUCUCCGUAUCUGUCCCCACGCCUGUCGCCAAGGCCUUCCAGCCGCAGUGGCAGAAGUGGUGAGAGGUCGCCCUUCGAAGGAUCGUGCUGUGGGUCCUCGUACGUUUCUUCCGAGUCCGAACUCGAGGUGGCAAAGUAUCGGGUCGUUUUGUUGGGAGAAUCUGGAGUUGGAAAAUCAUCUUUAGUGACCCAGUUCAUGACCUCAGAAUACAUCAAUACUUACGACGCCUCACUGGAUGACGAGUUCGGCGAGAAGAGCGUGUCGGUCCUCCUGGACGGGGAAGAAAGUGAAGUCAUUUUUAUCGACCAUCCGGCCAUCGAGAUGUCGGUCGAGAACUGCCUGACGACGUACGACCCUCACGCAUGCGUCGUCGUCUACUCCAUCACGGAUAAGGGCUCUUUCAAGAAGGCUGAGGACACACUAAAUUACCUCUGGCGGGAGAAUUAUACAAAGGACAAGGCAGUGAUCGUCGUCGGUAAUAAGGUCGACUUGGCUCGAUCUAGGAUUGUCACCAGCGAUGAGGGCAAAUCCCUGGCCAGUUGCCACGACAGCAAGUUCAUUGAGACAUCUAGCGGCAUCCAGCACAACGUGGAUGAACUUCUCGUAGGGAUAGUCAAGCAGGUGCGUCUACGCUUGGCAGCCCACCGAAAGCGCAUGAAAAAGAUGUCGGCUUCGAAGACGUCCCUGAGUCUUCACGCGGCCAAGGAGCUCCUCAGCAAGAUGUGCCUUCUGGACAGCAAGUCAAAAUCCUGCGAGAACCUGCACGUCCUUUAGGAAGAGAGAGAGAGAGAAAGAGAGAGGGGGAGAGUGAAUAGGGAACGCGCGAAGGUUGCUCUUAGGCCUACCUUCCUUCUUAGAGGCGCCAGCCCCAUUUCUACAAUCUAGGGUGUUGCGCUUGAAGAUGAAGACUAAUAUUGACUAGGGUUCAUCUUUUCUACCCUCUCCUCCCUUUCUAUAAGAAGCGUGAUAGACGAUAGACGCAGCGUGUUUUCCUGGCGCGGGAGAUGAUAACUGAUAAUAACAUUUUUGUCUCUUUUUCCACCGAAUGGUAUAAGGCUUCACAAACUCCCGGAAUUUCUCGGUAUUUGCUGUACCUUCUUUUUUUUAAAUAGUCUUUGGGAUCGUAUACUAUCCCAUUUUUCCUAUCCAUAUUCCUAUAAAUAACUUUUUCACACAUAUCCUAGAUAGAGAGAAGGACUUACGACGCAAAUAUGGGUGCGUAAAUAAUCUUUAAUAAUCACGUAAUUAUCCUCUUUCUAACUCGAAAGGAACUGGUUGUCUGAAGGACACAGAGAGUAAAAUAAAAACAAACAUCUUAUAGAUACUGUUUUCCAAGAUCAUUUUCUCAUUAUAUUUCUCAAGUAAAACGCUAGGACAGAAACCCGCAAGCACUGCAGGUAAGAUUAAAUUUCCGUUUUUCAUUCUUCCCUGUCAUGGGAAAUUACUAAGAUGUUGCAAACACUCGCGCAGCUUUUGCGAUAAUGAAUUCCUUGUUUGAAUUAUAUUCCAAAAGACUAACACUGACUGUUUCGAUACAUUUACCUAAGGAGAAAGUGACUGAGAAAGUGAUUAUAAGACUUUCGUAUUAAUGAAUUCCUUGUUUGAAUAAUAUUCCCAGAGAUUAACAAUGACUAAUGUUUCGAUAUAUUUGCCCAAGGAGAAUGUGAGAGAGAAAGUGGGAGAAUGAAAGCGAUCAAAAAGCUUACGCAUUACUGAAUUCCUUAUUUGAAUUAUGUUCCCACAGAUUAACACUGACUAAUGUUUCGAUUUACUUACCAAAGGAAAAAGUGAGAUAGAAAGCGACUGGAAAAAGUGAACGAAAAACCUGUGUAUCAUUGAAUUGCUUAUCUGAUUUAUGUUAUACAGUUACCCAAGGAGAAAGUGAUAUAGAGAAAGUGAGAGAGAAAGCGACUGAGAAAAAGUGAAUGAAAAACCUGUGUAUCAUUGAAUUCCUUAUAUGAAUAUGUUCCCAGAGAUCCACACUGACUAAUGCUUCGAUAUAUUUACACAAAGAGAAAGUGAAAGUGUUCGAACAGCUUCUUUAUUAACGAAUUACCUAUCUAAAUAAUGUUCCCAAAGAUUGAUACUGAUUAAUGUUUCGAUAUUCUUACCCAAGGAGAAAGUGACAGAGAAAAUGACAUACCCAAGGAGAAAGUGACAGAGAGAAUGACUGAGAGAAAAUAACAAAGGGAGGGUGACUGAAAAGCCUGCGUAUUAUCGAAUUCCUUAUUUGAAUAUUCCUAAUGAUUAACACUGACUAAUAUUUUGAUACAUUUCCCCAAGGAGGGAGGAAUGAACUCCUUAUCUGAACUAUAUUCCCAAAGAUUAACACUGACUAAUGUUUCGAUAUAUUCACUCAAGGAGAAAGGGACAGAGAGAAAGUGAGAAAGCGACAGACAAGAUAGUACGACAGAGAACGUCAACUGUAAAUUAUUCCUAGAUGACUCGACAAAAAAAAAGAAAAAAUCUUUUUUUUCAUUCUUGAGAAUGUCAUCAGCAAUCCUUUCCAUCAUUGACAGAACAAAGUUCAUUCGGAACUUAAAACAAAUCUCUGAUAAAGUUGGAACGUCUCCAAAACUCCCAGAGAAGAAGAAGAAGAAAAAGAAGAAGAAUGGCUUGGCAGUGAAGGAGAGAGAGAGAGAUCGCCCCUCACUUAUUAGACAUAAUAUACCCUCAGAAUCGUACCGUGGCUUUGUCAUAACACUUAGUAUUAAGCAAAAUUUUAUUUUCUUAUUAAAAGCUUUCUACUUGAGAAUUUAUCAAAUUUCGGAUAAAAGAAAAUAUUUCUUUCAAGCGAAUUUGAGCUGAGUGCAUUAACGAGUCGAGAUACUCACGUUGAAAACAUUUUUAUGAGAAACAAAAACUUUUUUUUUUUCUUUUAUAAGGAAACCAACUUACAAGUACAUUAAUUUUUACUGUAUCAUUUUCCGUUAAGAGCGUCAGGUUAUACAUUUUGAUAAAAACGUUUUUAUGAGGUCAAAAGUGGGAACAAAAAUUCAUACAUAAAUCAUAAUAUCCUUUCAAGCCUGAAGUAACUUUGACUUUUUUCUUUUCCCCCGGGUCAAUUUAGUUCAAAAGCGAAUUCUGUAGUAAAUAUCAACCAUUGAUUUUAAUUAGUGAAGGGUUAACACAUGUGAAGUAAUAGUUAUUUAUAUUUAUUCAUAAUUUCUUCGAUAUGAUACGGGAAUUUUACUUCUCUCGUUCGUACGGUAAAUAUAUAUAAAAAAAAUGGAAAAAAAGGAGGAUGAUCGCGUUUAGAGGUACAAUUCUUAUUAUAAUCACAAAUGACAAUAAACCUCUGAUUUCUCUACCGGUAUAAUAAUAAAAAAUCAUUUUAAAUGUUCAUUUAAGUGACAAAGUUUUCAAUUUCCCCUGCCACAAUCGUGAAGUUGUUCAUUGUCAAUUUUUCUAGUUCACAUUCACCUCGAAGAAAACAGUUUACCUGUACGAAACUUGAUUUAAUGUCACGUUGCUCAGAUUUUAGUCACAUGACAAGUAUACAGAACAUUUUGCCAUAAAUUCUCAACUAACUGCGUGAAGGCACACUGAUGGCAAGUUUGGUAAAAUGUUCAAUACUUGAAAUUCUUAGCCAUUUCAUGCAGUUCCUCUUCGUGUGUCAGCCAUAGACUAAAAUGGGUGAAGUCCCUUUCGGAAGCUGUUAGCGGCAUGUUGGAUGUUUUAACUUAUAUUAUUCGUUCGUUGCGCUCUCUCUCUCUCUCUCUCUCUCUCUCUCUCUCUCUCUCUCUCUCUCUCUCUCUUUGUUUAAAAUUUGCGCUGAAAGCAUAAAUAUGAAUAUAAGAGUUUUUCUUCUUAACCAUCACAUUAAGCAUUACGACCAUAUACGAGUAUAAUGAAUUUUUUUUUAAUUCCAUCCUGACGUAGAAAAUUGUUUUAUGAAAGGAGGAGAUUCGUUACUGUAUGGUGACCAUUCCCUGGAUGUUGUUGUCUUCUUUGAAUUUAAAUGAGAAGAAUAAAUCACCAUCUGUAGACAGAUGCGAAUUCAUAUUCUCGGGUGUGUGUGUGUGUGUGCAUAGCAAGCGUGUGUGUGUGUGUGUGUGUGUGUGUGCAUUACCAAGGCGCCUCGAACUCAACGGAAGUGAAAGCUAAUCGACCAUUAGAACAGCUGACAUUCUGAAUUACUGAAUAACCAAAGCUCAGGAAAGGAUAAUCAUGAUCUCUUUGUACGAAGGAUUGCUGCAGAUCAAUGAGGAGUCAAGCUAAGAAAUUAAACAGAACUUAACAACUGUGAAAAUACGCUCAGUUUGACAGUUACACGAUGAUGUAGAUCUUCUGGAAACACUUCGUUUUCUUGUUCAGAAUAACAAGCAAUGAAUUCAUGUGCUUGCGAGAAAACGUUUCUUCACUUACCAGGUAAAACAUGUACUGUCAAUAAUGGAAGAAAGACUACAUAUAUAU